AUGGGUCAUAUGAAACUGUUAACAGACCUGUAAAAACCAAAAGUGUAGUUAUGGUCUUAGCUUACUUUAGAUUCAUUAUGUUGUAAAGAAGAAAAAGAAGAAGAACAAAUCUCGAAAAUCUAUUUGGAAUUGGAUUCAAUAUCAUGUGGUUCAAGAUUUACAAUUCCAAAAUGAUGGUAUUGUUGGUGUUUCUUCUUCUGGGUGCAAAUCAUCUCUGCAAUUCAAUUGCUUACGGUUCCCAUUCCUCUUCAACUGACACCACCAUGCACACCAAUAACUGGGCUGUUUUGGUCUGCACCUCUCGCUUUUGGUUUAAUUACAGACACAUGGCUAAUACUUUAUCUUUGUAUAGGACAGUUAAAAGACUAGGAAUACCCGAUGAGAGGAUAAUACUCAUGUUGGCUGAUGACAUGGCUUGUAAUGCUAGGAAUAAGUACCCCGCUCAAGUCUUUAAUAAUGAGAAUCAUAGACUUAAUUUGUACGGAGAUAAUGUUGAGGUAGAUUAUCGAGGUUAUGAAGUGACAGUUGAAAAUUUUUUGCGGGUUUUGACGGGACGACAUGAGGCUGCUGUUCCAAGAUCAAAGCGUCUUAUAAGUGAUGAAGGAAGUCACAUUCUCCUGUACAUGACAGGACAUGGUGGAGAUGAAUUCUUAAAAUUUCAGGAUUCUGAAGAGCUCCAAAGUCAUGAUUUAGCUGAUGCUGUGAAGCAAAUGAAGGAAAAGCGUAGGUUUAAGGAACUGCUGAUAAUGGUGGAUACUUGCCAAGCUGCCACUCUAUUCAACCAGCUUCACUCGCCUGGUGUUUUGGCUAUUGGAAGCAGCUUGAAAGGAGAGAACUCAUACUCACAUCACUUGGACUCUGAUGUUGGUGUUUCCGUUGUGGAUCGUUUUACAUUCUACACCCUUGCAUUCUUUGAGAGGCUAAGUAUAUAUGACAAUUCCUCAUUGAACAGGCUUUUUACUUCAUAUGAUCCAAAUUCACUGAUGUCAACUGCAUAUUACCGGAAAGAUCUAUACCAACGAAGUCUGGAGCAGGUACCUGUGACAAACUUUUUUGGCUCAGUCAUGGAAACCAUACAUACUGAUUCUGCUUAUAGAGCUCAUCAAAGAAAAAACACAUUCAGAGUCCUGACACCUUUGGAGAAAUCAGUUGACCCUGGCGAGAGGACUUUAAACUCAAACGUUGAGGAUCAAGUUAGUGGUAUAAAGACAGAGGGUUGUCCUUUUACAAGAAUGUGGAAUGCAUUCGACAGCAAGGUGGAUAGUAUUGAUGAUAUUGAUUCCUUGGUGAAUUAUGGACUAAUUAUGAUGGUUCCGGCUUUGAUAGUUUCUGUAUGGCUGUCAUCAUGAAAGAUAGAAAGAAGCAUCUUCUAUUUGAUUCUCUCCAUCCAGGCACUUGAGCUGCUCACAUCUGAUUCCCAUGUUGCGGUUUGGUUAGGUUAUGUGACCCGAUAUCUGCUGAAUCAGUUCUUGUACCAUCUUUCGUUCUUGUAUCAUUUUUCCUUGCUGUACCAUCAGUGUUAGGAAAGGGAGAUUUAUGUACCAUCCUGAUUGCUUUUCUGAUUUUUAAGCUGUGAGUCUGUAAUUACAUUGAGAAGGAUAAUCCCUUAAAUUUUCAUUGUUAAUCUAAUUAUAUGCUGGGAUAUAUGAAAGUAAACAAUUGUUAAA